AUGAAGAAACUUCAAAGUGAAAGAAACUUCUUGUGUCAUGUCAAAGUUCUACUACAAUGGAAUAUUUCAACAAAGAUUAACAUAAAGGAGGGUAAAGAUAAAACUAAAUACCUUAAUAAGAUAUUUUUGAAACAAGAAAAAAGACGCGAAUUGCGUCUGAAAAGAUUUUGGCGUUCGCCGAAAACCACAUCAUCCGAAGAUUCUACCGGAUACGAAAGUCCUACACGAGCAAAGGUCACAAAUGAUGCUCAACGUUUUAAUCAUUUACACUAUACCAGUCUAGCCCAAAGUGCACCCAGCCAUGAGGCCGAUAGCGAAGGUGGCGGUGUGUCAAAGGUCAAAACAUCUAUAGUGGGCGGUGGUAACAAUUUAAAUAAUAAACCUACAUGUUCGCUGCCACUGCUGCAAGUGUGGCCCAGUCAGCCGCUUUUAAGACAGGAAGGCUUUAUACAGUUGCGUCGUAACAGCGGUCCCGAAGGUCAAAGGGAUUCUCCCAGGGGCGAGGCUGAUGGCCAAUCAUUUAUUUUCCCUGCCAUUGCGGAGACAAGCACCAGCAGUAGCAGUGGUGGCGGCAACAGUACCAGCACUAGUGUGGGGACAACUUUGACUACCAGCACCUCGGGCAACAGCAGCAAUAGUACCUCGGGCAAUCAUUUGACUCUGAAUACGGGGGAUCGGCGCAAUUCACUAUUCUGUGAUACUUUGCAUGCGGGAGAUUCGGGUAUUGACUCGGUGCAGGCUUCUCCCUCACCUAAUGCUCUGCCGCCCCCACCGGGGUCAGCUUUAAUGAGCAUUAGUGGUAAUGGUCCCACUAUAGUCGAUUGUGGAACCAUUAGUUCCUGUAAUGUUUCACCUGCCACCACGCCCACACAAGGUUCCCCAAAUUUAUCCCUUAGAGGCCAUAGGAUGGGAGCAAGAGCCAGCAUAAGUAUAGGUGCACCAAAUUAUCGCCGAAAAUCCAGUGCUCUUCUACAUCCCGAUCAUGCGCGUCUAUUUGCUUUGCGCAUGAAACAUACAGCUGCUCUGGAGAGAGCCCAAACAUCGCCCGAUCAAACUUCAAUCGAGGAUGCGACUGAGUUUCAUGACAAUGGUCUGGCUAUGAAUUUGCGUCUCUGUUCUGCCUCGUCGUCGACGACGUCGUCGCUUACCUCCGUGGCCGCAGUUAGCUUAGGCGGAGGUGUGACCGCACACCAGUCCUCCUCCUCUGCGGCUGCAGCAGCAGCCUUAGCAGCGGCCGCUGGUGCGGGGGCGCAGCAGCGAGUCUCCGAUCCGUGGCUACAGCCGCAAUCAGAUCGCGAACGUGAUUCACGUCACGAACGCCGUCGCUCCUCGACCAUGACUGCCCGUUACUCCCUCUUCGAUGCUUUGGAUUUGGAAUAUGCUCUGCUAAGAGCAGCAGCACGAGGUUCGGUGGGUCCCUAUUCGCUAAGUGAGUCCAUACACAAAUUAACCUUCACACAAUCUCUAGCGUUUCCGGCUUUAGCACGCGGCCUGGCUUCCAAACGUAGGCGUUCCAAUACGCGCAUGAGUUCGCGUCCUCUAAAUCCCAAUGAAUCCGGUCUGAAUACCUGCGCCAAAGUGAUAACAGCAGUCAUCUUAGUGGCCAUUUCUUUUAUGGUAUUUCUGAUAGUCUAUAAAUUUGUGCGAACGUGAGGUUUACUCCUGGCCCCGACCGAUUUCCCAGUCACAUAUCAAAAUGCUUAUUCACUAACAUCUACAAGCGUACUAACGGGAAAUAAUGCUUCUAAGCCAUUGUCGGGGUUCAGGAGAGUAUUGGGUAUAAAGGAUAGAAAUUAGUAAAGCACAAAAACUAAAAAUAAAAUCAAUAAUUUAAAUGUUGAAUUGUGAUACAAUCCCCAAAUUACAGAAUAUAUUGGAAGAAAAAUUAAAAAUUCUAAAAAAUAAACCAAUAAAUGACUAAUAAAUGUGUUAACAAAGUUCAUAACUUUUUUAAACAACUAGAUAACAUUAAUUAAUAAAUAAAAAAUAAAUUAACAUAUCCCAGAAAAAAGAGGAAAAACUGUAUUAAAACAAAAAAGCCAAGUUUAAAAAGAACUAAUUCAAUGAAAGAUAAAUGCAACUCUAAAUGCCUAAAGUUUAAUAAAAUUAAAUUAAAUAUUGAUAAUUUCAAAUUUAUAAAACAUUUAUAGUUGCUUUAUAACAUACAGUUUUGUAACUGUCCUAACAGCAACUGUGAAUAGCCUAAAUACUGAGUAGUGUUUUUCUAUUUAUAUUUUACUUUAUUUUCUUAAAAAAAUUUAUAAGCUUUUUUUACAAUUUAUCAUAAAUUAAUCCCAAUAAACAUCGAUUCA